CCUCGCCGAAAUAUUCGUCGGGAAUCGAAGUUCCGGCGAGGAAUCCGCCUUGUCAAGGGGAUAUCUGGUCCGAGCUCUGUCUCUUCCCCUCUUUCUUACCUUUGUUCGAGUACAGGUACUGCCUUUUUAUACAUCUCCGAUACUCUUUCGUGUGUCAGUGAAGCCAGAAAGUGCGCAUUCCCAAGCUGCCUUUAUCAAAACAGAGAAGAAGCCAAGGAUUUUAGUACUUUCUCCGGCAAGAGAACGGCGACAAAGAUCAGAAUCACUGCCAGGAGGAAGAUAAGAGAUGUGAAUCUAGAUGAGAGAGGUGAGAGAGAUGGGCAAAGUUGUCCGGACAAUGAAAUAUUGAGGAAUUCUCCUAUACACAACGCAAGGAGAAUUUAUAGUUAUACUCAUUCGUGUCUAGAUUUUAGAAAUGGACGAAGAAGCUACCACUGCAUAAGUGCAUAUGAUAUGGCGGCCAUCGAGUACCGUGGAUUAAAUGAUGUCACCAAUUUUGACCUUAGUCGCUACAUCAAGUGGCUUAAACCCAAUCAAAAGAACACAAACACCAACAUUAGUGUUCCAAAUCAUCGUCCAAGCCCUAACCCUAACCUUAACCUGGAAGUUGAUCAUUUAACUCCUAACCCUAAUCAAGAUCCAUUCAGACUAACCUUUCUUGAAAGCCAUGAAACCUACCCCAACACUUCGGGUGACCCCACCUUAACUCAAUCGCGUCCUGCAUCCACCAUGUCAGCCCAAGUUCUUCUUCUCCAGUCAUCAAAGUUUAAGGAAAUGAUGGAGAUGACCUCUGCCACAAAUGGGUCGAAGACAACUUUGGACAUGGAGCCACCAAAAUGUAGAUUUCCCGAUGACAAACAGAUGUAUUUUGACUGUUAG